AUGGAAAACGAUACAUUGGAUUUUCUGGAAAGUAAUUCAACAUCUAAUGCUACAUCCAUUUAUUAUAUCAACAAAGAUCUUAAAAUGACUCAGAAUAUAAUUGCGAUAGUUUCCCUAAUAAUUAUAAUGAUUGCUAUGGGUGCAGAAAUCACUUGGAGUCAGAUUUAUAAAGGAAUCCGAAAACCCGUUGGUCCAGCUAUUGGACUCUUUUGCCAAUUUGUUAUAAUGCCAUUGAUUGGAUUUAUGUAUAAUGUUAUAUUUCAAUUCGAAUCGAGUCUAGCGGCUGGUUUGCUUAUUAAAUCAUGUUUCCCCGGAGGUGCUAUUUCUAACGUCUUUACAUAUUAUUUAGAUGGCGAUGUUUCGCUGAGUGUGACUAUGACUACAAUAUCUAUCGUAGCAUCCCUAGGCUUGAUGCCUUUGAACCUUUGGAUAUAUGCAAGUAAUACAGAAGCUAAGAACUUAAAAAUACCUUAUGACAAUAUUGCAUUAUCACUAUUAAUGAUUGUUCCUCCCUUGAUUUUGGGUAUGAUAAUAAAAUGGAAAGCUCCUAAAGUAUCUUCUUAAAUAACUAAGGUAUAAAACAUGAUUUACUAAAUGGUUAAGGCGUUAAUUUUAAUCAUUUAUAUUAUAUUAUGAAACUAUUUUUGUUUUUAAUAGUGGGGAAGUACAACAAGUAUGAUAAUGAUCAUAAUUUUCGUGAUAAUGGAGAUAAUCUCCUCUCAACACAUGUUUAGUAUAGUAUCGUGGAAAGUUAUUAUAACCUCUUUAUUA